CGGAGGAAAUGGAAGCAAGAAGGAAACAACUUUGAACUCCAAAGUUCAGAAACGCGUGAUAGUCGAUUAUCAUUAACUGAUAAUCGAUUAACAAGAUAUGAUUUCCAAACCACGAAUGUUCUGAGAUGCCCAAUAGUCGAUUAUCACUUUUAUGAUAAUCGAUUGUUGGAAAUGGCUGGACCCUCCAUUAUCAAGGAGAACGAACUUCGAGAGAUGUCCGUGCUCCUGGGCAAGGGCUUCUGGGUCCACCAUCCCGAUGCCGUCGGGGGGAUCAGUUUAUCUUACAACCCAAAUCCCAAAAAUACAUGGUCAUGCAGUACCACUCCGUGGAAAAUGGAUUUAGGUUGCCCCUCCACGGUCUGCUUCGUGAUCUCUGCCUCCAUUUCGGAUUUGCUCCGGGUCAAUUGACUGCCAACGCGCAUAAGUAUGUUGCGUCCUACAUCUUGCGGUGUUGUGCCCUGGACAGAACCCCGAGUUUGGAUGAAUUCCUCAUCCUCUUCAGUAUUGGUGGGUUCCCCUUCUACAGCUUAUAUCCCCACAACCAUUUCCCAAUUUAUGAGAAGGUCGAGUUCAAGCAUGAGAAAUGGUCAUUGAGGUACUUCGUCAUAAAGUUCCCGGCUCACAGUCCCCUUGACCUACCGGGUGUUGUUCUCCGGCGUUCCAUUUCCCGGACAAAAUUUGCUGCUGCAGAAUUGGCAGAGGGAGUGUACAAUGCCCUGAGAGAAAAGGAAGGUUUCAUUUCACACCACUCCCUUCAGGACGCCCAACUGUACAAGAAGGCGGGUUUUUACUACCCCCUGGGUCCUGACCCAUUUCCAUUUGAAGGGGAGCCUUCCCCUGAAAGACCAAAGGCUCCUCCUGCUGCAAAAUCUACCCCGGCUGUGAGCUCCUCCAGGGAUCAAACCCAAGGCAACUCCACUGCCUUAGCUAUCCACAAGCCGGCUACUGCCUUGGAAGCCGUGCCUAUAUCUGCCAUUCCCGGGCUUAGAAGACCCACCCCGUCCCAGAGACGGCCACGGGAAGGAGUCACUGAUGAUGAUUUCCUUCCCAAGAAGAACAUGGGUGACGGUACUUCGGUCUCGCCCAGCCCCCUGUCAACGUCUUCGGGUACUCAGAAUACCACCGCUGCUGAUGCAUCUGGGGUUUUGGAGCUAUCCCACCCGGAUAGACUUGAUUGUGAGGAAGAAGAGCUUAGGGACCAGUCUGCGCUCAGAAAACCCAUAACGCAGCCCCAGACUGAGGCGUCCGGUUCCUCUCCACCUGCCGUAACCAUUCCCCAAGUAAUGGAGGAAGAAGGGAUGAGGCGGACAGAACCGGAUCCUUCCAUUACAGCAGAGAGGGAGGUUGAAGCGCAGAUAGAAACGGAAAUCACCUAUUCGAAGGAGAAUAAGGUUGGAGAGCAGAGGGAUACUGAAGCUCCUCUAGAAAUGGAAAGAGAGACUGAGAAGCGACCGGAGCCGGAGGGACAGUGUUUUACGCCCACGCUCCCAGCCCCCAAUAUCCCCAUCCGGCAGAGGAUGAGGGAAUCCGUGCAGGGGCCUGCAAUUCUCCAGGCUCGCCCCGACUUGCUUGCCCUCAAUGCUCUGCACUUCAUGGAGCAGGCCCAACAAUCUCUCCUUACUUUGACCGAGGAGUACUUGGGUGGGGCGUUAGGAAACUACCAGGCCGUGCUGCUCCUGAAGGAGAAGGAGUUGACUGCCAGGGCUCUACAACAGAAGGUUGAUUCUCUAGAGCAACAAGUCCAGGUCCUCCAGGAAGAGAAUGCCCGGCUCAAGGCAGAUGGCUCAACGGAACUAGCAGCUGAAAGGUCCAGGGUCCAAUUCUUACAAGAGCAAAUUGCUGUUUAUCAAAAAGGAACCCAGGAUCUGGAAGCGCAGUUUGACAGGCUCCGGGCGCAAAUCUCCAUCCUGGAAUCAAGGGCCUCGGCUUCAGAAGACAAAGUGGGAAGUCUGGAGGCUAAAUUGGUUAUGGAAGCGAGACGGCUCACCCUUGAGAAGUUGAAGGAAGAGAGACAGGCGGCAAGCGAGCUCCGGUCAAAGACGGAUGAACUGGAGAAGGCAAUUGCCGCCCAUCAAGAGGAGGUGGCCACCCUGACUGCUCGUGCUGAAGCCCUGUAUGAAGAAGGGAAAUUUGACAUGCAACAAUGCAUCUAUGAGGCGGUCCAGAGUGGUCUCCAGAAAACCGAUCCUUGGAUGACUUCAUUUCUUACUAUGGGGAGGAGAAUCACCCUCGUCUUCCCCGACGGGUAUCCGGGGAUAUUUUCCCAGGUUCCGGCAUGCUUCCAAACUAGGCCAGGACGGAAGUCUCUUCUGGCUGUCCUGGCACGUCCCGUCCGCAGAAGAGACGCAAUCCUCACUCAGGAGCUUCCCGGUCGGUCUCUGGCUCACAUCUAUACGGAGGGAGAAGGAUGGGGCCUUCCGGGAUCCGCCUCCUCCUCCCGUAUAAGCGGAGAUAGGCAUGGAGUCUUUCCUUCACGCCCUAGCGCCCUCUCUGUCCACCUUCAUGGGAAUGCCUGGAUGGUAUCCACGGGAAUGGCUUUUAAUCCCCAACCCAUUGGUACCAUUCCGCUUCUUGUGAAUGUCAUUAAGUGUCUUCGGCGGACACUCUCCAUGCUCCCCCGCUCUGGGGUUCUUUUCUGGUUCAGGCAGAGGAACCGCACUCCUUCAGAUUUCGGAGGUGCCGAUUCGCUCUGCCUUCAACUUUCCCGUACUGCUAGUCCAUCCCUUUCUGACUUCUUCGCCAUGGCAAGCAAGUCUGAAAGUAAAGUCGUCAUCGACCUAACCCUCUCUGGGACAUCCUCUUCUUCGGAUGAUGAUUUCUCUGUCUCUCCAGCCCAAUCCAACGACAUGGCUGGGUUGAGUCCUGGCGAGUUCUCGAGACUCUACCCGGCGCCUCGCCUUCCUACACCAUCUCCUCCUAGUCCACCCAGGCUUCCAUCCGGGAGGAUAGACUGGGACUCCAUGACCCUUCAAGACUUCGCCUUGUACCAGAGGAUGUGCAGGGCUAAACUUGGAUGUUCUUUGCCAACUGUUGAGGCGGAACCUUCAUGUGAAAGCCGGACUGCUUCUCCAAACCUGUUCAAGUCUUCCAACAAUGGUUCUUCAUUGAAGGGAGCAGCCCCCGGUCCCGGGACGUGGGAAGACUAUGACAUACGGGAAACUGUUGAUUCAUCAACGUGUCCCUCGCGAAAGAGAAGGAGCCCAUGGAAGGGUCCCCCACCUCCUUUUUGUUGACUGCAUGGAUGCAAUAAGCCCUUCUUCAGUUCCUAGCUCCCUGCAAAUCAAAUUUCUCUUCUUUG